AAAGAACCGCUGUCUGCCGCUCAUUCCUUCUUAGUCAUGUUGCUGCCUGUGAGCCUGGGAAGGAGUGCUUUCAAAACCUUUCUUUAGUCAAUCCAGAUAUGUAGUGCUCAAUAAAUUGCGAGAGAUUGAAGCUGUGCGCCCACGAAGUGCCGUGCUCUUUCCCCCGCCCCUGACAUCACAAUCGGUCCGUCCGCAGAGUUCUCGCUGCCGGGGUCCCCGAGGAUUUCCAGCUCAGCCCCUGGGGCUUCGGGAGGCGAGGGCCCCGGGGGAGGGGCGUGGCGCGCGCAUCCGAGCCCCGCCGCGGGCCUCGGUUCUAACGACCCGGCGGGUCGGUGAGAGCGGAAGGGAGGAGGGAGAGAGAGGGGGAGCCCGGCCUCGGUCACUGGCCUCCCUCCCAGCCCCACACCGCCCAGCCCCAUGGUCCCCGCCGCCGGCGCGCUGCUCUGGGCCCUGCUGCUGAGCCUGGGCACCGGGGCGGUGGCGGGGGCCCAAGGCCUGGCUUCAACUGGGAGGCAGCCGGCCAGGUUCCGCUCCAGGGGCCCGAUGACCCGCCACUACCGGCCCACCUCCCGGUCCGGUGUCCCCCCGAAGAGAAGGGUAAUAAUGGAGGAUGAGGAUGACGUGGCGGCCACUGCCGACCGCCUGGCGGGCCCCGCCGUUGACGAGCUCUUGGCUUCUACGGUGUCCACGGACAUGAACAGGUUGCGUUCCUGGGAGCAGGACCAGGAUGGGUCUUUGGAGGAGGGGGUUGUGAUUAACGCCCAAAAGAAUAACAGCGAGUCGGGGAUUGACAGCACGGCUUCCAGCACCACGAGGAGGUUCACCUCCAGGUUUGCAGCGAAUAUCCAGGAGCCGGAAUACAGGCUGACCACGAGCCUGCCGCCCAGCAGCUGGAGGUCUACUGAGCACCAGCCGCUGUACGACACCAGCCUGACCCGCUGGCCAACAGCAGGUUCCAGCCCCAGGCGCUGGUCUCGCAUCUCACCCUCAUCCAUGCCACCUCCCGAGGACCUGCGGCUGGUGCUGAUGCCCUGGGGCCCGUGGCACUGCCACUGCAAGUCGGGCACCAUGAGCAGGACCCGGGCCGGGAGGCUGCAGGGCCUUUCUGGGCGCCUUCGAGUUGGGGCACUGAGCCAACUCCGCACAGAGCACCGGCCUUGCACCUACCAGCAGUGUCGCUGUGAUCGGCGUCUUGAGGAGUGCCCCCUGGACACGGCCCUCUGGUCUGAAACUCAGACCACCACCACCACCACCACCACCACCCCCAUGCCCACCCUCGGCACCAGACUCAUCCCCAGUCCCAGCCCCAGCCCAGCGCUUAUGUUUUGGAGGCAGGUCAGGGCUGGGCUGGAGGAUAUUUGGAACAGCCUCUCUUCAGUGUUCACCAAGAUGCAACCGAUAGACAGAAACCGGAGGUAAUGGCCACUUGAUCUGCAAGAAGAGGUGUCAGCAUCUCAACCUCUCCUCCCCUUUCAAUCCCAGCACCCACUGGGUAUUUUUAGUACAGAAAAACAAAACUAGAAAAAAAAA